UAAAAUCCAUACGAUCGCCCGCGAGAUAAACAGUGCAACACGAGUGGAAAGCGCUAUGUUAUUUGCCGGUUCCUCACCACACCUGUCGGAGAGAUAUCCUGAUUGUCUGGACGUCACUUCGAGGGAGGACACCAUGGUGCUGAGCUACUCCUAACCAUCUAUUUUGGCUAUAUAUAGCCACCAGAGGGGGUUAAAGAUCAAUGUCAGGGCCAGCUAUCCAAUAGGGACACUCUGGAGUGCUGAGGUUCAAUUUGACCAUUCAACAUCAAGUGCCUUAUUAAGAUGUCAUCUUCAUCAUCCCAUGCCCAUGGUACAGAAUACACGGACGUUAUCAUCAUUGGAAAUGGACCAUCUGCGAUCUGCCUUUCCUACUUCCUGUCAGGACACAGGCCAUACUACAAUGGGAACCCCCACUCUAACACAUAUCUCCACACCAAGUUACAGGAAAUUGGUCCCACAAUGUCCAUAGUGGAUCAGGACCUUGAUUUCCUGUCGGAGGGUCUAGAAGGGCGGACCUCUAACCCUGUUGCUCUGCUGUUCGAUGCCCUUGUGCACCCUGAUGCUGAUAUGGGAGCAGAGAUACCUUCUCUACUGGACUGGAAAAAGGAGGAGGAACAUGCCUUCAGGCACAUUGUCUUGGGGCGUGGCAAAGUGGGAGGGGCUUGGCAGAAAAUGGAUGGGAGUAUGCAGACAUUGAGUCUUGGAAACUGGAUGGAGUUGCCGUCUGUGCCGCUGAAGGAGUGGCGUGAUCGCAAAUUCAGGGAGGGUGAAUCUCUAGAUCCAUGCAGUAACAGAGCCACUAUAUCAGAUAUAAGAAAUUACUACAUGGACUACGUGGCCAGCCUUGACCUUCAGAAUCACUUUUAUGACCAUCACACUGUUACAUCCAUCCAGAAAGUCUACCAAGUUCGUAACGGCAUGGACCUCGAGAGUGGUGAGGUGGAGCCGUGCUGUAAAAACAUUGCCAAAAAUCACACCUACCUCUGGGAAGUUCGAGGUUAUAUCAGUACGGCUGACCAAUUAGCAGAGGACGAGGAGGAUGUGCAUCGAAAGGAGUUUUGUAUCCAAGCACCACAUGUUGUGGUGGCUACUGGGACAUUCGACAUUCCAAACAGACUUAAUAUAACAGGAGAACUUCUACCACAUGUUAUUCAUUCACUGCAUGAUUUUGAAUCUGCACUGAAAUGUUGGAAGGAGAUACCAAGGUCUUCAGAUGAUCCAGUGUUAAUUGUUGGUGCAGGGCUAAGCGCUGCUGAUGCCAUUCUCAUGGCCCUAGAUGCAAACCUUCCUGUGAUUCAUGUUUUCAGAAGAGGAGCCAAUGACUCCAAUUUAAUUUUUAAGAAACUGCCUCAGGGCCUGUAUCCUGAGUAUCAUAGAAUCCAUUCAUUGAUGAAGGGUAAAGUGAUUGACCCUCUGUACAGGCCAUAUGAGAAGCACUGCUUGGUGCAGAUUGAUGAAGACAAACGUGUUUUGUUAGAAAAUACCAAAGGAAAUGAUAUUACUACAGUUGAUGUCACAUUUGCUGUCAUCCUUAUUGGUUCUCGCCCUAACCUAUCGUUCCUUCCCGAGGAAGGAAGAAGUUUGGGCAUAGAUCCUCAACACCCAAUCAACAGCAAGUAUAACACAUUGGACGUUGACUUAUUCUCAUACGAGUCGGUCAAGCAUAAAGGUCUGUUCUCUAUGGGACCACUGGUUGGCGAUAACUUUGUUAGGUUUGGUAUCGGUGGUGCUCUUGGUAUCACCAACCACCUUGUAAAACAUAGGAAGAAGGGAAAUCCCUGCUGUUAAUUUUAUAAGUACAUGUGAUCAUUUGUAAUUAUUUAUAUGAGAAAAUGAUUAUAUUGAGUGAAUGAGUGUAAGAAACUUUAAAUUUAUGUAUCAAAUAAUUGAGAAGAAUGUUACAAAUAUGCAAUACCGAAUACUUGGCUUCAUUGAUAAUAUAAUUACAGAAAUGAGACAUUGUUAUACAGGUAUUUUUUUACCUGUUGCACAUUUUUUCAAGAACACAAUGUGGUACAUUUUUAAAAUUUCUUUUUUGAUCUGUUCGGAUAGAAUUAAAGAUUUCACCAGAAAAACUGCCUAAUGGCAGUAAUAAUAUGACAUAAUUUUUGAAAGAUGUUCCUUGAAAAUAUCUGAACUAGUAAUGGUGACAUAACAAGACCAGUUACUUUCAGAAUUAAAAAUAAAUUGGAAUUGACAAAAUCAGUUACUUUUGGAAUGAAUUUUACACAUCUACGGCCAUAAGCAGUUGUUGGAAUGGCUGGAAAAAUGCAAAGAUUAAUUUUAAUUGGCCUAAUGCAUUAUUAAAAUAAUUCAUUUGGCCUCAUUGCUCCCAUAUCACUUUUAUGUAUUACAAUCAUCAAUACAAAAUUUAUGCAAACUAUAUAUUGAAAUAGAAACUUGUUUUAAAAGUUUAUGUCUAAGUUGCAAGUUGAAAGUCAUUGAAAGUCAUUCAAAGCAAACAUUUGAAAACUUGAUAAGCUGCAAUUUCUAGAUACCAGUGUUUUUAUUAGUGGACUGGAUGUAGAUAAAUUACUGUUGAGAGGGCAGCAGUGAUAUUCUGUGUACAUGCUUUAUGUGCUGACUGGUGAAAUCAAGAGUCAUCCAAGUGAGGUUCUACACAGUACAGUUAACGACGUCCGUCCAGCUGUCCUUCUUGAAUUUCUGUUGGUAUCUCAUAAUAGAGGUUUUCUAAUUUCUAUAAGAGUACAGGUUAUUUAAAAAAAAAUUUACAUUUUACUUUGUGUGAAUGCCGUUUUAUUAAUGUAAUUUUUCUUUUCUUUUUUGUUAAAUUGUUGAAAAAUAAAGCCAUUAUUUUUAAGGUUUGAAAUUGUUUACUUUUGAUAAAUGCUAAUGAAGACUUUAAUGCUUUCUUUAGUUGCAUGGAAAAUAAUGUUAUCGUUUUUAUGGUUUUGUUUUGUUGUUUAAUUUUCUGUCCAAAGAAAGAAAUUGGCCGAGGAACCAGUGAAUAAGUUGUGUACAAGGUGGUACAGUAGAGGACACAAUAUGUGGGAGUUGUUAGGUUGUGAACUAAAGUUAUCAUACAAUAAUUUAUAAUAAACCCAAUCAGAAUUCUAUGUACUUUUACAUAUUUACAAUUUAUUAGUGUAUUAUAUAUAUAAUUCGGGUAGAAGAGUUUGCAUUUAUAUUCCUUAAAUACAAGAGCAUUGGAGCUGUCUCAUAUACACGUAUAUGGGAACUUUUUAAAACAAAAAUGUUUCACAGGGAUUUCUAAGAUUUACGACCUUCCGGGAUAUUAAUGUUAAAAAUAAUCAUUAUAGCUUCAUAUCUAACACAAAAAUAGUAGUUUUUAUGGCGUUUAAAAGAAAUUUUAUCAUUUAAGCCUAACACAGGUUAUAAUGCAGUAAACCCAUAUAGUUGAGUUUCAAGCAGAAUGCAUUUUUAGUUGCCUUGGUGAUGAAUAGUGGUACAGAGUAUUUCUCUAAGUCAUAAGUUAUCCCUGAAACAUGAAACAUGCUGUUUGAAUUAAACAGAGUUGUCCCAUAGUCUUUGAUACAUGACCCCCAUGUAUUCACAAAACCCUGAUCAAGGUGAGGUACUUGUUCUUUAUAAUGAAUAUUAUACACCGCCUUUCCAUUGAAAACCUUACUUCACUAUUAAACUGUCAACUGUUUCGGAUUACUUCCCUUUAUCUAAGAUACUGUCAACUUGCUCAAUUUACUUCCCUUUAUAUAAAAUACUAUUAACUGGCUCAAUUUACUUCCCUUUAUAUAAGAUACUAUUAACUGGCUCAAAUUAUUUCCUUUUAUCUAAAAUGCUGUCAACUGGCUCAAAUGAUAUUAACUUCCAUCUAUCUAAAUUACCGUUGACUCCUAUCACUUUCCUUUGCCUUUGGCUUAUUGUUCUGAUGUUGGAGUGUGUGCCUACAUCACUUCUACAGUGAUAAGGGUUAUGGCAGACAUGACAGGGUAGUAUUUGAUUUCACAGAUUUUAUCUGAGGGUUAUAUGUAGUAAAUUGAAUUUGGAUAGUCAGUGGAGUUUUCAGAACUUCUGCAUGUUUUUGCUUUUUAUUCAAUUUGUUACCGUAUGAGUGAAUGUCACAUUUUACUCUCAGUGUCGAGGUUUAAUGACCAUGUUCUUCAAAGUCCAAACAUGUACCAUUAAUUCCUGGUACUAUUCUCACCGAGUUGAUCAAGUUAGAUUAGUAAUUCGGCUGAGACUACAACGAAUGGAUUUUCAUAAUGUAAUAAAUAACUUUGAUGUCUAUGUAGUUACAUUCUUAAAUGCACAUUAGUGAAAGUCAUUAUUCAUGUCUUUAGAAAUUAUGUGCUGAUGGAAUAAAUAGAUUCCAUGAUUAAUCUUGUCACAUAUGUGUGUAAAUACUGUACAUUGAAAUUGCUACAAUAUUCAAUUUUAUCAUUAGACUUGUUAUCAGCUAGGUUUUUUGUUACCAUAAUUUAAAGUGCAAUCAGUAUGAUUUUCAUAGUUUAAUUUGUUUUUAUGAUUUGAUACUUUAAAUCAUGCCACAUAGUCAAAUUUGGUAAAUUAUAAAUUAUCAAGAUUUGUGACGAAACAUAUUUAUUAUCAAAAUGAAAUCCUCAUGCUUUCAAAGCAUUGAAUUAAUGUCAGUAAUUGUGUGUUCUGUGUGAAGUAAGUCACAUUGCUCAAAAUCAGGUUUGACCUUGUGACAAACAUGACUUGGUGACACAGGUUUAAUGUUUGACCUUGCAACACAAAUUUGACCUUGUGAUUUCAGUAGUACGUAAAGCUUUUGAGGUUUUGAUGCAAGAUUUACUCUCUGAUUCUUACCAGGAAUCUACUUUUACCUUCAUCCUUGUGAUGCUGGUAUGCAAGCUUGAUAUUUUGGUGAAGUUUUCAGUAAAGAUUUUGAAAGCCAAGUUAAAAAUUGUGAUGCAAGUUGGAAGACAAUAAAGAAAUCAGUGUUUUUCCUGCAUAUUUUGGCUGAAUUUAGGCCCCUGCUCCCAAUUGUGUAUGCUGGCUUUGGCAAUAAAGGUUGUCUUCAAAUUUUUCAUGCAAGGACACAAAAUCCAUCAAUUUAAGUUCCCCAUUUGCAACAUUGUUUUGUCACUCAAAACAAUUUCCAUUUUCUGCCAGGAGGCAAUUUCCCAAAAUGUUCAGGAAAAGCACUGCAAGCUCAUGCAAUGUGACCUUGUGAUACUCAUCCAUACAUGUACGUGUCUCUUGACCUAGUCAGACAUGUAUGUGGUCAUGUGAUCAUGAUAUUUGUGAUAUUGGAGUUAACAUUGUGAUAACUUUUCAACCUUGUGGUGUUACAAAGUUGGACUUGCCGGUUUGUAGAAAAAGUUAAAAGAUAAUUGACAAAUACUGUUAAGAACAUGGAAACCAGGUGCCUUUUUAAUUUUCAUAUGUGUUAUUUCAGACAUGAAUCUUCGACAGAUAUUAAUACAAGUCUUGAAAGUCUUAUUCAAAGCUCAACCAAAAGCCACAUAAAAUCACUUAAUCGAUCAUUAUUUCAUUAAUGAACAACUCUGGUCCAAUCAGUCUUACAGUUUGUACUGUGAUAAAACGACCCUAUUUAGUUAGGUAAUAUAGCUGAAAUGUGUUUCUGUGUUCUGAUUCUGACAUUCAUUUCCCUAUAAUAAUUUCAUCUUGUUUAAAUUAUGUAAAUUUACGUUUUUAAAGUUUUAUCCAUAAAUAUGAACAUAGAGGAAAUGGAAAUACCAUGUAUGUUAUGGAAACAAUUUGCUCAACUUUCUUCUAUGAAAAAAAUAUACAUCUUUGUAUAUUGUACACAUGAUCAUAAUAAGUCCAUCUAAAUAUUAUUUUAAGUUAUGAAACCAGUUUUGAAAAAAAAUAUGUUGGGGCCAAUUUGUGUACUUGAAUAUAAUGAGGAAUAGUCACCAUUACAAUACUAUAUAGACUUAUCUUUGGUGAGGCUAGUAAGACGGUAUCUUUGGUGGGGCUAGUAAGACGGUAUCUUUGGAGAGGCUAGUAAGACGGUAUCUUUGGUGGGGCUAGUAAGACGGUAUCUUUGGUGGGGCUAGUAAGACGGUAUCUUUGGUGGGGCUAGUAAGACGGUAUCUUUGGUGGGGCUAGUAAGACGGUAUCUUUGGUGGGGCUAGUAAGACGGUAUCUUUGGUGGGGCUAGUAAGACGGUAUCUUUGGUGGGGCUAGUAAGACGGUAUCUUUGGUGGGACUAGUAAGACGGUAUCUUUGGUGAGGCUAGUAAGACGGUAUCUUUGGUGGGGCUAGUAAGACGGUAUCUUUGGUGGGGCUAGUAAGACGGUAUCUUUGGUGGGGCUAGUAAGACGGUAGUUAUCAAGUUCAGGUCAAAUCUUAUUAUACUUUAUUGGUAUUUUUAGUAUAUAUAUAUGUAUCUGUUGUAUGUGAAGAGUGGCAAUUGAAAUGGGAGUAAUUUUGUUUGAAUGUGUGCUUAAGAAACAGAAACUUAAUGCAACAUUCAAGAAUUAAUACUGUAAAAGUACUGAAUUAGGUAUACACAAGUUUUAGUGCAAAAUCCGAUUAUAACUGAUUUGCAGAAUGAUGAAUUAAGAAACCAUAAAAGCCAGGUGUAGAAAACAAUGUAAAGUCAUUACAUUAAGAACAAUCAUAAUCUACCAGAAAACUUUCAGGUUGAUAUUAGCUUAAUAAGAUUCCUGCUAAAAUAUUUACAUCAACUGUAAGAGAACUUUUAUCAACAAGGAGGUCAGAAGAUUGUAAUGUCAUUGUCAGUUUUUGAUUUUUUUUUUUUUUUUUUUUUUUUGCUAAUUCUGCUCUAAAUGGAAGUGGGUUGCAUGCUUAGAAAAUUGUUUCUGUUUUGUCAUACAAAUUUUGCUUUUUCUGUUGUUGUUUUUUUUAACCUAAGAACAUUGCUUAUAUUAAGUCACCAUUGAUCUGUUAUUGUUUUACAUAACUUUUAAUUCAGAGAUAACAAAUGUAGAUUUACUAUUUCCCAGCAUAUAAUUGAGCAGAUUUGAGAUGUAUUAACUAGUCCUAACGACCCAAUCAAAGCUCAUGUAGCACUCCCAUAUUAAUUCAACUCAAAUUCCCCACAAUAAUUUCUCAGGAAGUGGUCUUUAUUACAUAUGUUGUAGAUUUAUUUUCAAAAUGAGGCCUUGAUAGGUAUGGCAACAAGUAGAAGUAGGAUAUUUACGAUUAGGGGUAUAUUUUAGAUAGUCUUUGUUUCUUUAUAGAUAUAGUUUGUUUCAUUUUCACAAAUGUUUGUGAUAUAGGGACAGUUCUACCUUGUUGGUGUACAAUGACACAGAUUCUUUUUUUUUCAGUGAGAAAAUAUAUAUUGAUGUAAAUUACAAUAUGUAUAAGGAGUAUAUAUAGCCUGCGGAUAACUAUAUUCAUCCAUUACCAUGAUCCCGGUGUAGCCAGUAUUUCCACCCCAAUCAGGUUCACUGAUUAAUAAAAAAAACGAUUACAAAAUUUGAGCAAGGUUUAGUAUCUGUUUUUUUUUUAUUAUUUGUUUUUCAUAUCUUAAUGGCCAAUUGAUUGAUUAAGUCAUUUUGGAACAAGAAUUAACUUGUUCUUGAGAAUUUGUUGAUAUUUAAACCCUAAAGUAUUUUAGAGAAUGUAUUUGUCCCGUGUUUGCUGUUGGGUUGUGAUUCUCAUCAUACGAUCAAACCUAUAAUGAAAUUGUCCAUAGGAAGAUAAAAUGUCUUUUUCUUCAACAUAGAUUGGUACACUAAUACACUGUCAUCCAAGAAAAACUAUACAUUCUUUUGAAUUGUUGAAACAUUAUAAGAGCAUCAUUCAUAGUCUAAAAAAGCAUUAUUAUAGAAAUGUGAUCUGGCAAAACAAUUAGAAUACACAAUAUUGUAAUCAUUUUUACCGAAUUUCAAACUUUUGUCUGAAAAUGUAUAGUAACUAUGGAUGGCAGUGUGUAUUUGCUAUUGUGGUGAUGGUAAAAUUGUGAUCCCUUGUUAAAGGGAAUUCUUCGAUAGGUUUGACUUUAUUGGUAACAUUGUUUACUUGUAAAGGUGAUCCUGACAAACUGUCUUUUGACCUUAGCUGUCUUGACAGUACACAUGUUAGUUUGCAUUUCCUAUAAAAAUGUCCAAAGAUAUAGGGCAAGAUGUUUUUAUUAUUAGUGGGUAUAUGAAAAUGUGUGUUUGAACCUUUGAAUGUGCACAAUACAGAUCCCUUUAGCCUAGUUGUAGUGUGUACAUUUACCACUAGAGAGUUAGAGCCCCUGUGUGGGCAGACUAUAUUUCAUUACUACUCACUACUUCUGAUUAAUAUCUGGAUGUUGUUAACCACUCCCAAAUGUAAACUACAGGAACUAUUGCAGAGACUUUAUUUUAGCUGGGUUUAUGUUUUCCUCGGAUGUAUGAGGAAUACAAGAUGGAGGGAGUAGUGUAAGGAUUGAGAGUAUUAAACCUUGCUAGUUCAGGCUGAUGUAGAUAUUGGUUUAGCCUAGUGGUAAAGAGUAUGCUUACAGAGAAACAGUGCCAGGAUAGGCAGGGUUCAUUAGUCCAUUGUAGACCCAGUUACCUCCUGAUAUUUCCCUUUUGAGAGUACUAUACCUUGUCAAGAUUGCACAAAUAAAACACUUUUUUUUAGUAUUUACUACUAUGUCUUUCAAAUCAUUUGUAUUUUUUACAAAAAUGAAAGUAACAACUGCCUUUAAGAAAAAUAAAAUUAUUUAUUUCUCUUUAAACUUUUAA